CUCUCUCUCUCUCCCUCUCUCUCUCUCUCUCUCACCCUCUCUCUGUCUCUCUCGCUCUCUCUCCUCGCUCUGCCACUCCGUCUCUCUCCCUCUCCUCUCUGCUGCUAUUCUGGGAAGUGGCGCUUGGAAUAACCCCCGUGUGCGCAUGAGUGUGUGUGUGCGUGUGUGUGUGUCUCCUGAUUUCACCCUCUCACACACGCACACAUGCACACUCACAACACAGCGAGACGCACACACUGACUGUCUGUCUGCAGCGGCGGAGCUCCGGCGGCACCGAUCCGGUCGGAAAGGAUUCCUUCCAUUUUUACGCGCAACUUUUCCUCCGCCUGAGCCGCGACGCUUCCUCCCGCCGCCCCGCGACUCUUGUGGAUUUCUAACCGCCGUGUCCUCGCCUCUGGGCGGACGACCCGCGAGGUGUCAAGCCCGGACUCGGAUCUCCUGUCACCGGGUUGGCUUGUUGUCAUUUUCGCCCGGAGACGGAGGCGCGCAGCCGGAGCGCAGCAGCCUGAAGCGGCUGUGACCAGUGUCGGACUUAAUAAACCGGACCAGGUGGCAAAAGUUCACCAGGGCUCUGAGUAUGGGACCAUGUCACAGGUGUUCCUUCCCUGGUCCAGGAAUCAGGACGGCCUCGUGAGUCCACAUCCAGGGACUCGGGACUCCGGCUGAAAAUCCACCUGAGCACGUGCAGACCUGCAGCAGGUUUCUGAAAAGUGAAUGAAGCAGCAGGAAGACAAAGCACCUUUAUCUAAAGAAAGAUCACUCAAGGAUCCUUCUGCCUUUCGAUGAGCUGGACAGAAAAACAGCGCACAACAACAUUGGGCGGUUUACAAAAUGGCCAAAAGAGAGAAAUAUUUCUGAUGUUAUCCACCAAACCUCCAUUUAAAUGUCCACUUCCUGAUUCCUGUUUCCAGCCUGGCUCCACAAUCACUCUAUCGAGGCAAUGGAUGGGUCCUUUCUGUUUCUGUGAACUUGUCGGCACCCCUCACAGAUUAAGCUAUCAUGACUGGUAGAUUGGGGAACUGGUAACCCUCCAGUAUCCGCCCUCCCAACUCCCCCACCAUCCCCUCUCUUCCCCCCUCUUCUCACCAAUAGAAGAGCUUCAUGAAAAAUGGAGGCACGUGAAUCAGCUGCCAUUGGGCACAAAUCCUCAAGUAAGGAAGCAGGGAAGGAGAAGGUGCCUCUGCAAAGGAAGUGGGUGUCGGAGCCCUCUGCAACAACCAAACGAAGCACUUUUGCUGACCAAGAGUCAAAACACCGUGAGAGUUUGCCGUGUGGUGCCACCGGGGGAUCAGCGCCUCAGCAGAAGUACGCAAUCACAGGGAAUUCUGGAAAGCUGAUAUCUGGACCUUCUGCACUUGGAGCUAUUGGAGGCCCAUCAUCUCAAGACCCCCAAGGACCCUUUGGUCAGAGAUUCCCAAGGGGAUACCCCUACCAAUUGGAACAGCCAUACCCUCAGCACCCCCAAACUGAGCGUUUCCUCUCAGGAGCCAAACCUCAACCUGGCCUAGAGCCACAUGCCUGGCCGUUUGCCGGGCAGUUGCCCUCAGAUGACCUUUACCCCGUAGGACAUCCGGGACAUACUCACCCUCAUGGGGCUGGGAGGUUUCCCCGACAGAAAUCUCCCAGUCUACCCAGCUCUUUUGGACAGUAUUCUCAGUCAGGCACUGAGCCUGGAGAGGAGGGGUACAGCAAAAAAGAGCAGAAGCCGAAAAAGCCUGGUAAGUACAUAUGUCACUACUGUGGUCGAGCCUGCGCCAAGCCCAGUGUCCUAAAGAAGCACAUCCGCUCACAUACUGGAGAAAGGCCAUAUCCAUGUGUACCCUGUGGCUUUUCCUUCAAAACGAAGAGCAACCUUUACAAGCAUCGCAAGUCCCAUGCUCAUGCCAUCAAGGCUGGACUCGUACCAUUUUCCGAGCUAGCUGUGGCCCGUAGUGGGGACAUGGACCAGGCAUCGCCAGUGGAUGAGGCCGAGGUUCACUCAGACGGAGAGCAGAGCACCGACACAGACGAGGAAGGCGUGGAGGGCUCCACCAUGCUGAUGGACAAAGACAGACCCAUCCCACAGAUCUCCUUUGAGGCUGACAAGAGUACAGGUGGUGUGGAACCAGCUUAUGCAGACUCGGCUGAAGAGCUGCCUUUGGGAUCUAUUAAAGUGCCUAUCCUCAUUGUUCCCAAGUCUGGGGGAGUCCCUUCCACAGGCAUGGAGUGCCCACCCUUUCAGGACAUCAAGGGGUCCCAUCACAUGUUGGGAUCACAGGUUGGCGGAAGAGCGCAUUCUCUGGACGACUCCCCCAGCAUCAAACAACUUUUGGCCGAGAGGCUGGCGGAGAAGAAGGGGCAGGACGCUGACUGUGCCAUGUCCCAGUCCCUCAACCUCCUCAGUCCUCACAGCAAGGGCAGCACAGACUCGGGCUACUUUUCCCGCUCUGAGAGUGCAGAGCAGCAGAUCAGCCCUCCAAAUUCUAAUGUCAAGACGUACGAAGAGAUUAUGUUUGGUCGGACUUGGUACUACCGACCCAACUCCAGAUCCAGGCAGUCCAUCCCAGUGGGCAUGGCAGGGGCAGACCCAGCCAGCCUGGCUAGUUUAAAACAAUCUGGUGCUAUUCUGGAGAUGGGGAAGAUAGCUGAGGAUCAAAUCUGUUUCAGAGGGGAUGUAGGGAUCUCUGGAGAUCCCAAGCAGUAUCCAACAGGACCUUGUCAAAGCAGUACAGGCCUAUUGGAGCCUCCAUCUGAUUCUGGGCCCCUAAUUAGGAGUAACUCUAUGCCAACUUCUUCACCUCCUAACCUCAGUGUCCCACCAGGUAUUCGGGGCAGCCACUCCUUCGAUGAGAUGAUGUCCCCAGAUGAUGUGUUUUACCCACAAGGGCUUCGCAGACUCCAAAGACAGGCUGCAUUUGAACAUUCAGCCGCUGAAGCCCAUGUAGGAGAGGCUGAGGGCUACGGACACUUGCCCAAGAAUUUAGCUUCAUCUCUGGGUAUGAAGAUUGGUGAGCGCAGCACAGGACUCCCAGAGCACAUUGCCUAUAGCCCAUAUGGUACUAAAGUUAGCAUGUCAGAAAUAGCCACAAGAAAAAGGAGGAAAGAGACGAGUGUUGGGGAUGAGGAGGACAGCCCUGGACAUUGUGACAGUAGCUGUAGUGGCUCAGUGGAGAUGUUAGGGGACUAUGAGUUUAAGCAAAGUAGUUUUGAUAGGUCGAGAGCCCCUCCAAUAGGAAAGGGCUCUCUCAGUGCUCACAGCCAAUCAGAUAGCUUUGACACCUGUGCCAGCAUGUGCUCUGAGGACAUUGCAUUGUUUACUGAGUCUGAGUGCAGGAAGGCAGCUGGGAAUGUCAUAUCAGUCAUCCAACACACCAACUCCCUCAGCCGGCCAAAUUCCUUUGAGAAGUCAGAGUCCUUUGAGCAUCCAGGAUAUCAGUCUUCAGAGAAAGGUCCACCCAGCCAGUACUCUGAACAGUCGGACACAGACAUCUAUGAAGAUGCUCUUAGUCCUGAAUCUGCCCUACUGCCAGAGAGCAUGGAGCAGCAGCUGCAGAGUGACAGUGACCUGGCCUCCCUUUCAUCGUCAUCAGCUGCAGCCUCCCCUGGUCAGCCUUACCACAUCCCACACAAACUGGUCCGACAACCCAACAUCCAAGUUCCUGAGAUCAGGGUGACAGAGGAGCCAGACAAACCUGAGAAAGACCCAGAAGCUCCAAUGACCAAGGAGCCAGAUAAGCAGCUGCAGCAUGUGGAGGAGUUUCAGCUGCCACAGAGGAGCGACACUCUCUCCCAGAUGCCAUCAGAGAAGCUCCCACCCAAGAAGAAGCGUCUGCGUCUGGCGGACAUGGAGCACUCGUCUGGGGAAUCGAGCUUUGAGUCAACUUGCACCAGCCUUUCUCGCAGCCCCAGUCAGGAGAGCAACCUAUCCCACUCCUCUUCCUUCUCCAUUUCCUUUGACCGAGAGGAAGGCCUCAAGUCUGUUUCACCCGUCAAACAGCAGGAUGACUCGUUGGCCCCCAGUGGUGGAGCUAAGCAGUCUGAGUUCCUGACAGUUCCCGGCAGUGGUCAUUCCAGCCACCACCAGCAGAGGGAGAUGAGGAGGUCUUCGUCGGAGCAGGCACCAUGCACACUGCCCACGGAGUUGCCUGAAAUGCGCAGCAAGUCCUUUGACUAUGGAAGCUUGUCGACCUCCAGACAGGGAGAGCUAUACUCCAGUGCCUCUGCAAUGAAGGAACGCCGGCGUGGAUAUCUGGUCCGACAGGCGUCACUGAGUGUUUAUCCAGAGUCAGUUGCUCAGGAGCCAGGCGGCACAGAGAUGUUGAUCAAGCAGGAGAGUUUGGAACAUGUGGCUUGGUCCGGACCACCAGGAUCCCCCCACAGCAACCCUGAUGUAGCCAGCAGGACCAAGAGAGUGUGCAGUAGCACCGGUGGUAUGGGAUCUCACCAACACCACCAGCAUCUCCUCCAGCAGAGUAUCAGUGAGGACAGCCUGCAGGAUGAGCCACUCUAUGGAAGGUCUCAACAGCAUCGUCUGCAUGCCCAGGGCUCGUCAUCUGAAGGAGAACCUCCAGGUCAUGAGGUCAUGAACAAGGAAGUGAUGCAGCAGUACCAGAGUGGCCCCCCCUUCCUCUCCUUCCAGCAACCAGGUCACUACUGGUCUCAGGAGGCCGGACAGAUGCCAAGACAGCUGCCGGCCCAGCAGCAACUCCCAAAACUCCACAUCAGAUCACCAGGCAGCCUCGCUGGACACCCACAACACAAACACGCACCAGCCCACUCCCUGCAGCAAAUCCAUGAUCAACAGUUACACGAUGGAAAAGCAGAAAACGCUAGCUCUCCAAUGUACCCCACCUCCUUCUCAUCCCGAAACUCUCCUCUGUCCCAGCAACAGCAAAGCUUUGGCUCGCUGUCCUCUAAGUUCUCCCUGCCCAGCUCCACCACCACCUCCAUGCUUCUGCAGCAGAUCCACCCUGUGUUUGCAACCCAGAACCUGGGAUCACAGGCCUCACUGCCCAGUAUGAUGGUUCCUGUACGGCUCCAAACCCAUAUGCCAUCAUUUGGUAGUGUUAUGUACACAAGUGUUAGUCAGCUGGUAGCUAGCAGUUCGGGCUGUGCUGACUACAGAAGCAUGUCUCCCCCGGUUGGUGUUGCGAGCACCGGCAAACCACCAGGAGGAAUUGGAGGAGGUUUCGACCUGUCACACUUCCUGGGAAAGACCGAAGGCUCAACGCUGUGCUAUCCUCCCUGGAAGGUUCCCGAUUCUCUGCCGGAGCAAAGGCUAAACACAGGGAUACCACUCUCACUAACAUCAGGCACCAUUUCCACCACAGACGCCUCGGGGUCAGGCAUCGGCGGCAGCAAGCGCAUGCUCUCCCCUACCAGCUCUCUGGAGCUCUUCUUCAAGACUAAGCAGCAGAAAAGAGUGAAAGAGGAGAGGAUGUACGGACAGAUUGUAAAGGAGAUGAGCGCUGUGGAGCUGAGUGGAUCUGAGAACAGCAGUACAGCUGAUAAAGGGAAGUGCGCAGGUCUGCAAGCCCGUCUGAAGAGUGAUGGCUCCAUGGAUGACUCUGAAAGGAUGUCGUCUUCCCCACCAAGCGACUACCCUUUUGCCACAAAGAUUUCCAUUCCCGUCCGUUCCUCUGCCCCCCACCUCCCUGAUGUUCCCCGAGCUGAGAGCUUCACCCCUCCUCUCCAGAUUGUCACGGACCGAUCAGGUGGCCGAGACUCCCCAGAGGAACUUGAUGUGGAUGAUUCAGCUCCAGAGCCCAACUUUAGCACCCAGUCUAUGGUGUCUUCAAAUGCAGAAGAAGAUGGUGACAACAAAAAGCCAGGUGCAUCCAGUAAAACCCCGGUCGGCUUGCUGGUAAAGCUCGCUUCCAAACAAAGUGCAGGAUUAUCCGGAACAGUGGGCCAGACGCUGCUACUCACAGACAUGGCUGAUGUCCAGCAGUAUUUCCAGUUCCCUAGCCUGCGCACUACGAGCAAAGUUAGCUGGUGUUUCCUGAAAUACACCAAACCCAACAGCACCCCGGCCGCCUUGCGAGGGUCUGUCUACAGUACAUGGUGUGUGAACUCCUACAAUCCCAAUCCUCUGAACCUCAGCACCAAGGCUGCACUGGCCCUGCUGAGGUCCAAGCAGAAGAGGAACACAGAUUGGGUUUACACAACAUCAGCCAUGUCUCCACCCAGCUCUGGAAAACUGGUGUCGUCUGUGGCCUGGAAGCUGAGGUUUGAUCAGUUGAAACCAGAGCUGAUGCCCGUUGAUGUCUGUAACUUUGGGAGGAAAAUGAAAGGAGUGGUGUCGUGGGACCGAUCGAAGGAGGAGCAGGUGGAGAAGGAGGUGUCAGCCAAACAGUCCGCCAGCGAACCCUCCCGGAUCAAGAUCUUCGAAGGCGGCUACAAGUCCAACGAGGACUAUGUUUACGUCCGUGGUCGCGGCCGAGGGAAGUACAUCUGUGAGGAAUGUGGAAUCCGCUGCAAGAAGCCGAGCAUGUUGAAGAAACACAUCCGCACGCACACGGACGUCCGGCCCUACGUCUGCAAGUUCUGCAACUUCGCCUUCAAAACGAAAGGAAACCUGACGAAGCACAUGAAGUCAAAGGCUCAUAUGAAAAAGUGUCUGGAGUUGGGAGUGUCCAUGUCGUCGGUUGAGGACGCAGAAGGGGACGAUGGAGAUGUCGGAGAUGAAGGUCAGAGGUCAGAGAAGAUGUCCAGAGGCGUAAUGGCCGACCACCAGUUCUCGGAUGCAGACGACUCGGACGGAGGGGAGGACGACGGUGAUGACGAUGAAGACGAUGAAGAGGACGACUACGAUGGCGACUCCACUCCGAAGACUCGCUCGCGCUCCACCAGCCCGCAGCCGUACGGCCUCCCCCCCCUGUCCAUCAGCGCCAUGGCCGCCUCCCACCCGUCUCCUCACCUGUCUCCUCACUCUGCGUCCGACCUCCUGGGUCACGUCAACAAGCCGCCGCUGUUUGGUUACUUCACCACGGUGCCCAGCAUCCAGAUCACCUCACAGGCUCCGCCCAGCGACCCGGCGGCGAGGGAGCGUGGUCACGAGUACCAGCACGGCCUGCAGAGGUCACUGGGGAGCCGGCUGCUGGUUCCACCCGGCUCCUCGAUGGAUGAAGACUUGGCCUUCCACUCCCCGGACCUCUCCUCCUCCUCCUCCCGCCUGUCCUCACCCGGGCUGGACCACUCCGGCUGCCCGUCCCCCAUCUCCCCUUCCUCCUCGCCCUCAGCCCGCCGGUACCUCUCCCCACGUCGGGACCUCUCGCCCCGUCCCAGACACCUCUCGCCCCGGAGGGACGUCUCCCCUCUGAGACACAUCUCCCCCAAGAGAGACCUGGGGGCGGCGGGCGGGUACCGGAGGGACCUGUCCCCCAGGAGGGGACACCUCUCACUGCUCUCCCCUCUCUCUCGACCCACGUCUCCGGCAGGAAGAGACUACAAGCGUGACCUCUCACCCCGAGGUCGCCACAGGGGGGUGCUCCGGCCUCUGUCCCCUCGCAGAGGACUCCACCAGCACCUCCACCCCCAAAGCCAGCAGGGCGGAGCCAGGAGCCUGAGGCCGCCGGGUCAGGGAGAGUUCGUUUCUCUGGGACGUCGCAGGACCAGCACAGAAAUGGAGACGGAACUUCGUCCAGACUCACCUUCACUGGGGGGGGGGCAGCGGCAGACCAGUAACCAGUCCAGUCCGCCUCACCAAGUCCUGUUCAGUCACCUGCCUCUUCAUUCUCAACUCCAGGUGCGUUCUCCCUACCCGAUGAUCCCCAUCGGCGGCAUCCAGAUGGUACGAUCCGUCCACCCGUCCGUCUCCACCCCCCUCGCUCAGCAGGGGGCGCCGCGCCUGACGGUGCAGAAGAGCACGUCAGAGGACUCCACCACCAGCGAGCCUGCCCCCCCACAUUUCAUCUCCUUCAUCGAGAGGGGAGGAGGGGGAGGAGAGUGGGUGAGGGAGUCGUCGGGACCUCACCCGUCCUCGCGGGAGAGGCACGGCGGGGGGGUGAGGCCGGAGCAGGAGGAGGGCGUCCAGACGUGCACCAACGCCAUCGCCUCCCUCUGCAUCGACGCCGAGGAGCCUGCGGACAGAGGACUGAGGGUGGAUGAAGGUAAAGAUGGAGGCCGAGCUCCUCCCUCCUCCUCCUCCUCCUCCUCCUCCUCCUCCCCUUCUGCAGCGUCACCUGACUCCCACCUUCAGCAGCGCCGCUCGCCCUCCGCCUCCAGGUCGCCUCCCUCUCCUCACCCCUCACCCUCUCCCCCUGGGACUCAGCACUUUAGCGGCCUGGAGCUCCGGCCUCCCCACGCGUCACUCCCCUCCUCCCCCCACUCCUCCACCUCCUCUCCUCACCCUCACAGCCCUGGGGUCGACGCCCUCCAGCCUCCGACGGCGUCCAAACCUCCGCGGCCGGACGGCGAGGUGGAAAGCACAAAGAGGAGCAGAGACGUGUCGUAGAGCUGCAGAGGAAGAAGGAGGAGAGGAGGAGGAGGAGGUGCUGUGGAUUGCUUUUUUGUUUUGGGGAUAAUAGGAAGGGAUGAAGUGCAACAGAGAGAGAAAUGACCUUUGCACACUUUACACACACAUUUCUUCUUGUUCAACACACACACAAACACACACACACACACACUCUCUUGCUCUCUCUCUCUCAGAUACAUACGAAGAACAUGAAUGAACUUCUGCAGCAUGCUGUUCACAUGUCUGUUCUAACCGGGGCCUGCUAUCGGACACUUUCUUAUUUAAAGAGGAUUUCAAACGGUUUCCCGCUCGACUGGGAGAGGAGAGUGAGAGAGGAGGAGAGGAGAGUGAGAGCGGAGGAGAGUGAGAGCGGAGGAGAGUGAGAGAGGAGGAAGGAGGAAGGAGUCGGGUUAGAAUCGGUACGUCAGAAACAAAAGACUGGACAGCUACGUGUGCCUUUUCUUUCAACCUUUUUUUGUUGCUUAUAUUCUGAUAAGCAAACGAAGCAGGAAGGUAAAUGUAAAUACAAUAAUAUCAGCUUUGUAAUAAAUGCAAACUCCUCCUCCUCCUCCUCCUCCUCCUCCUCCUCCUCCUCCUCCUCCUCCUCCUCCUCCUCCUCCUCUGUCUGUCUGUCUCUCUCUCUCUCUCUCUUUUUGGACACCUUAAAAAGUCUGGACUAGCGAUGUGAAGUUAUGGAUAUUACUAUUACGUACGGUUGCACUAAAACAUAUUUUUAUAUGAGUGAAAUUUUAAAAAAAAUGGCUUUUUUGUGUACAGCGGCAAUUCUAUAUAAUACUAUUUAUUAUUGUUACCAUGUUUCAUAAAUUGUAAAUUUUUUCUUAAAUGUCGUGGAUGCCUUUUUCUAUGUAAAGCAUGGGGUUUUUUGCUAUCGCUGACAUUAGGGCGAGGAUAUAUAAACACUGUACUAUGGCUUUAUAUGUUAGACCUAUUUAUAUACGUCUAAGUGAGCACCCUCUGCUUGGAGGUAUAUACACAUAGAAGUAAGAUGAAUAUUUAUCCAGCAUAUGAAUACAUACAGAAUAUUGAGUCUCUCUCUCUCUCUCUCUCUCUCUCUCUCUCGCUCUCUCGCUCUCUCUCGCUCUCUCUCUCUGCACUUAUCAUAUAGAAUGACAUUCACAUUAAGGUUAUGUAUUUAUGAGCUUGUACAUUUUUCUCUGCUGCUCUUCUCUCGUCUCUGGUUGUGAUUUAUUUUUUGUUUUAAAACUUUUUUUUCUGUGGUUUUAUUUCUUCUGUUUCUUUUUUUAUUUGCGAGGCUCAGACUCAGCAUUAAGUGAAUGAACAUGCCUUCUUGCACCGUGGCAUUCUGCUCCUCCUCCUCCUCCUCUUUCUUCUCCUCCUCCUCUUCCUCCUCUUCCUCUUCCUCCUCUGCCUCCUCUUCCUCUUCCUCCCUCGACACCAGCCGCUGAACGGCUCCCCUCUCCGUCACGGGACUUUUGCUUGAAUGAAAACAGUUUUUUUUAAAGGGGGAAACAUUCCAGUCGAGUCGAAACCCCGAAGACAAACUUCUAUUUCUCAUCGUGUCUGAACUCUUCACAUCUGGAGACAAACACAUUCAGCCAACUCUCUGACAAAUGCACCUUAUAUUUCUAAAGACAAGCUCCAUGAUCUUUUUUAUUUUGCAGCAAACUUUCAUUAAAAAUCGAAGGUGAAUUGUUCUGAACCCUCAAAAAGC